AUGCCAUCUGCGGGAAAAAAAGAAGAAGAUGCAUUAUAUGGAUGGCAAGUCUGGCACACGAACGGCACAAAAUGUCCGGAGGGAUCAAUUCCAAUUCGAAGGCUGAUUUCCCUUGGGAACGAGACUAUCAUCACUUCUAACGCCGGGGAUAGAGUCACCGGUGGACACGAGAAGUAUUUAACGAGUUCAGCUUGGGUCAACUCUGGCUAG